AUGAAAGAAGAAGCGUCCGUCAGCACCAUAGCGGCAAUCCAAACUAGCGAACCGGCUGAGCCGGUGUCAUCGUCCAAGGAAACCAUCGUGACAGCUUCGCUCAACAACACCACACCAUCCACGUCACCUACGUUUCCAGGAACAUCCAAGAAUCAAUCCCGCAGAGUGUUACGGUUGAAGUGUCCACUCUGUAACGAGUAUCCCGAUGGAUUCCGCAGUGAACAUGAGCUACGACGUCAUACAAACCGCGUCCACAGAAAAGCCCGCAAGGUCUGGGUAACCAUUGACACUUCGCCUGACAAGUCCUUCCUUGCAAACUGCAAAGCCUGUCAGACGGGCAAGAAGUACAAUGAAUGCUACAACGCCGCAAGUCACCUCCGACGUAUGCAUUUCCAUCCACAUAAGCGCGGCGAGAGGAAGAUGACGGCUGCAGAGGCUCGACGUGGCGGGAAACCUGGCGAUUUAGAUCCUCCGAUGGACGUGUUAAAGGCGAGUUGGUUAAGAGAAGUAGAUGAAUUCCACGGGGAUUCAGACGGGCUUAACAUGGGCGAGGUGAUCAGCGUGCCCUCGAUUCAGACCCAUCAUCAUGCCUUGCGAGAGCCUGCACCACCAAAGGCUGAGGCAAAGGCCCCACCAACACCAACGACACCAUCUACCCGAUCGAUGGCCAUUGAUAGUAUUGUGGACAAGGUCAAUGCCUCCUAG